AUGGCAGAACCAUCCACCGCCGAAACCACCUCCGCCAGCGAUGCUCAUCCGCCGGCGCCAGCUUCCUCGUCGCUCAACGUCCUCGGAUUAACGAUUGACGAGAACAAGAAGCCUUCUCCCAAGUUCUUGGACGAGCCUGAAGACUCCAACAUCCAAGCGGUUUCGUCCGGCGACACACCGUACACGUCAGCUACCACCUUCGAAGAACUGAAUCUCUCACCGGAGCUUUUGAACGGACUCUACGUGGAGAUGAAGUUCCAUAAACCUAGUAAGAUCCAAGCCGUAACCUUGCCUAUGAUCUUGAAUCCUCCGAAUAGGGAUUUGGUCGCACACGCGCAUAACGGUUCCGGAAAAACCACGUGUUUCCUUCUUGGUAUGCUUAGUCGAGUUGAUCCAAAGUUGCAGGCUCCUCAAGCUUUCUGCAUUUGCCCAACCAGGGAGUUGGCUAUUCAGUUUGCUUUUAGAGAAGGUAGGAUGAGAGAAGCUAUGAGGAUGUUUAGUGAAAUUAAAAGUGCAGCUCCCAAUCACGUGACAUAUACUACGUUGAUUGAUGGUUAUUGUAAAACGAAUGAACUGGAGCAAGCUUUGAAAAUGCGUGAGCUGAUGGAGGCUAAGGGAUUGUACCCUAGAGUUGUUACUUAUAAUUCAAUUUUGCGCAAGCUGUGUCAAGAUGGCAGGAUAAAAGAUGCAAACAAGCUUUUGAAUGAGAUGAGUGAAAGAAAAGUUCAAGCUUGA